GUUCAUUGGUGAUUGGGGGCCGGGUAUUGAUUGGCUCGCGGUGUUUCUCGCGCCAAGAGAUAGUGUGCGUUGCGCAGCAGCUUGACUUGUGUGACUAGAGCGGCUCGAAAUGUGGAACAAUCACGGUAAGUGGAUCGGUCGGUAGGUACCCGGCUGUGUCUUACAGUGAGUGAGUGGCCGUCAGUGAGCCAUGCAGCGCUGUUAUAGUCCAUGUUGUGUCAGCUCUGAGUUAUUGUGGGUUUAACAUGUCUGUCCUGGGUCUGCUGGCAUUGUGGUACAUUAGCAUUGGGGGGGAAGGGCUUUGAGUUACUAAGUGCUAAGUUGAGGGUAUGGAUGGCAGGUAAGUCUCUCCUAAAAACGCAAAAGAACAAAUGAUAAUACAGAGCAAUAGGGUGCUCCAGGGGGUUAGGGAUCAAGGUGUUACUCAAUAAGACAAAUGGAAAAACAGAUAAUACACUGUCAAUAAUGUGAUAUAAAAUCGUAUAUACAUAAAACAGAACAAGCCAAAAGUCCAGGGUGAGAUACGUGUGAGUAAGUCUAUAAAAGUUUGCCUGUAUCUUCAGGUAAAUAUGCCGUCCAGGUAAUCGAUGUCCAGGGACAUAAAAGGGAAAAAGAGUACCAAUAGUGCAAUAUCUAUAAAAUAUAAUAACUCCAAUAAAAGGAAAUCUAAAAUGGCCUACUCACAUGAGAGAGAGCAAAAACCAGCUCUAGUGUGAAGCUCUUGCAGUAGAUUUAUUUCUCCCCAAUCUACUUCAGGGAUAUGGUGGAAGGUAUUGGCCGGUAUGUUUCUUGUCGGCAGGUAGUAUGUGAAAAAUAAAAGCAAGGGGUGCAAAACUAGUGCUCUCUGUAUAAAAUGUAAGAAUACAUACUCACAUUUAUCUGAGCAGAUAACCUGCUCAGUAUAAUUAGCAUGGGUGGUAUAAUCCCCACCAGGGAUACUUUGUGAGGUACUCACUGGAAAGAUAAAAACUGGAUGCCAGGAAAAAAAGGUAUAUGGUACUAAUAGUGGUAGUAAAAGUUACCAAAAACUUAUAUUAAUGAUAAAAUUAGUCCACAACAUGUUUCACCCACAAUGGGCUUUUUCAAGCCUGGCACUUGCUUACAAAUCUCUGCAGAAUGCUGCUCCCACCUACUUAUGCUCACUAAUACACAAAUCUGUCCCGUCUAGGCCCCUACGCUCUAUCGGAGACCUACAUCUAAACUCUGUACGUACUCCUACCUCUGAUGCUCACCUUAGGAAAGCAUAUCAAUUAAACUGUGAACAGCUUUCCCUUCCUGCACCCCAAUUCCUCUCCUGAAACUGUCAUCAAAACACUGAGCCCUCAAUUAAUACUAUCCUAGCAACCUACUUUUCUUCCAUUAUCUUUUGUGUCACUAUACCCAACUCCCUCUAGCAUGUAAGCUUAUUGAGAAGAGCUCUCAAUCCACCCAUUGUACAGCAUUACAGAACUUGUUGGCGCUUUAUAAAUAAUAAUACAGCCUGCAUGUUUAGGUGACUGAACCUCAUGUUUCAUAUGAGUAAAUAUAUUUGGCACCCCUGACUAAAUCCCUUGGUGUUGCUAAGUUUUCAGUCACAGGUUCCUCAUUCCAGGACGGUAUUUAAGCUUACACUGCAGAGAGCCUCAGAGUGAUGCAGUUUCCAAGGUUUCUCAUAAGAGCAGGCAUUAGGUUGCUUGAGUAGGUCCUGCCAAAAUGGGUUACAUUGGUGUUGUCAGGCUUAUGCAGUGUACAGUCAUAUACUGUAACUUAAUUAAUUUCUUUCCUGAAUCAGGCUUUUUUUUAAAAAAAACUAUAUUUUGUGGACUUUGAAGUUAGUUUAUAGAUGAGUGAGUGUGCUGAUAUUUGUAAAUCACAGUACUUGGAUGGCUGUAAUAUAAAAUGAUUUUCCUGACAUAUCGUGGCAGUACAAUAGGGAUGUACUCUUCUCUAGGACAAGCAUCUGAAAUUAAAAUUAACAUAAGUUCCCUCCCCGAACAGGUAUAAGACACCAACCUGCCAUGGACCCUCUGGAAUAUUUCAGUGAGGCACAUGGGUUGCUGCCAGGGAGAUCCAGUCUGAUGGCCUCCUCAGUGGAGAGCAGAGUGUCCGGUCUUCAACCUGCAGCAUUAUGGAGCAGGUAUAAGCAUCUUGCUUUAUCUCGAGUGCGGUCACUGGCAAAGCAAGUAGGAGGUCUUUAGUAGCAGCAAAUCGCUGCCCGAGCAAGACGCAUGCGCACAGCGUUGGAACGCACGCCCGGGAGGUGAUGUGUUCCACCGAAUUUUACAAAUGGUGUCUAUUUAAGCUGUGUAGAUUCUACUGACCGCAUGGAUGCUCGUGUUAUGGGCUUGGCCUCUGUGGCCUGCAGGACACUGUCUCUUAAAACCUGGAUGGACACAGUCUUGAAGUCUGCUCUUUGUGAACUUCCUUUGGAGAGGAAGAAAUUAUGUAGAUCUCCUCUGGAAGAAUUAAUCUGACAAAUGUCAGAAACCAAGAAGGCAUUUCCUCAGGAUAGGAAGUAUUCCUGGAAGCCCAGAUACAAGAACCGCAGAGGGUAUCAAGAAAAACCCAGGUUCUUUUCGUCUCCAAGGCUUGAUGCACAUAAAGACAUCAAAACUGACAGAACAAAAAGAUUCUGACGGAAGGAUACACCAAUUUUUUUCACAGAUGGAGAGAGUCCACUGUAAGUCUGUGGAUUCUGAAUCUGGUUGCAAGAGAUUAAAAUAACAUUCUUAAUUUCUCAAGACCAGAUUUCCUUAUCUUACUGAUCAAAGCUAAAUAAAAUAAAGCUCUCUUUUCUGCUUUGAUUACACUAUUAAAGAAAGGUGUUAUCAAAAGAGUUCCAAGAGCACAGUAAGAUCAGGGUGUUUACUCUCGGUUGUUCCUGGUCCCAACACCAGAUAUGUCCUUUCAUUCUAUGCUAGAUCUAAAGAUAUUAAACAACAAGAUUCCAUAUCAACAUUUCAAAAUGGAAACAAUCACUUCAGUCACGCAUACCCAUCAAAAAGGAGAUUUUAUGGCAACAUUGGAUUUGAAAGGUGCCUACCAACACAUACCUAUGCAAGUAGGCUCAAGACAAUACCUGUGGUUUGCCAUAAGAAGGGCUUCAGGGUUCAUCGCUUUAGAUUCAGAGCCCUUCCACUUGGUCUUUCCUCAGCACCAAGGAUAUUUACAAAGUACUAACGCCUAUCACAUCGCUCCUAUGGAAACAAGGAAUCAGUUAUUCCCUACUUAGACGCUCUGUUAAAAGAUGUGGCUUACAGAAUCCUAGAAGAACAUGGUGGUAAACCUCAAAAUUACAUCUGCAUCUUACAAAGUCCAUUCAUUUUCUAGGUUUUUUAAAUAGUCAGACAAUCUUGCAAUCCACCUGACUGUGGUGAAAAGUUAAGAGUGCUUCAGAAGGAACUGAAAUACUCAAUAAAGAAGCUAUGUAGGUGUUGGGACACCUCACUUCCACUAUACCAGCAGUAAAAUGGGCCAGAGUCUAGAAUCUAGACCUUUGCAGUGGGAGAUUCUUACAAAGUGGUCCAAGAAAGAAGACUUGGAUACUUUGAUAAACAUUUCAGAUCCUGUAAAAAGACAGCUGAGUUGGUGGAAGACAACCAGUUUCCUUUUAAAAGGGCUAUCUUUUUUGACCAAAAGAAUGGGUCAUAAUCACCAUAGACGUUUCAAAUAUAAGUUGGGGAGCGCACCUGCAGUGUCUUAUGAGGCAAGGGACAUGGUCCGCAGAAGAAAGAGGGGAAUCCUCAAACUUCAAGGAGUUAAUAACCGUUUUGUAUGCUCUUCAUCAGUUCAAAACUCUCAUUGUGGGGAAAGCAGUAAAAAUAGUCAGACAACCAGACUACAGUUACAUGCCUGAACAAACAAGGAGGUAUAAGGAUGCACUCACGUUAUGUCAUGGGCUCAGUCAUCUAGAAGACCUAUCCGCUACUCUUAUACGAGGAAUACACAACAUCAAUGCAGAUGAUCUAAGCAGAUCAAUAUGGUCCCAGAACGAAUUGUCUCUGAAUCUGUUUUUUUUUUUAUCAGCUGGUGAAAAUAUUCAGUCUGUCAUAGAUCUCAUGGCGUGAAGGUCAAAUGCUAAGGUACAAACAUUUGCCUCUUGUUCUGGAUGGUCUUUCAAUCAAGUGAAACUUCAGCCUUGCAUACAUAUUUCCUCUGUUGAGCCUAAUUCCACAAAUUUUGCAAACAGUGUGAACAGAGCAAGCACUCAUACUGGCUAUAAUGGAGCUGGUUCUGUUUUGAAGACUAUGGUUUUAACCCCUUAAGGACUGAGCCAAAUGUACACGUGAACGAAACAAAAUGUAAACAAAACCUGGCAUUUGCGCUACAUGUCUGUCCAACCGUAAUUCACCUAUUUCAUAAUAAGUGCACCCACCCUUAUUAUAUAUAAUUUUAUUGAGGGGAAACAGGGCUUUCAUUUAAUAUCAAAUAUUUAGCUAUGAAACCAUUUAAUAUGAAAAAAAUGGGAGAAAAUAAGAUUUAUUUUUUUAGUUCUACAUGACAUUUUAACUGUCAAUGUCAUAAUACUGUUUGCUUUUACUGCAAUAAAAUACACAUAUUUGUAUUCAGCAAAGUCUCGCGUGUAAAACAGUACCCCCUAUGUACAGGUUUUAUGGCGUUUUGGGAAGUUACAGGGUCAAAUAUAGCACAUUACAUUUGAAAUUGAAAUUCGCCAGAUUGAUUACGUUGCCUUUGGGACUUUAUAGUAGCCAGGAAUGAAAUUUACACCCAUAAUGGCAUACCAUUUGCAAUAGUAGACAACCCAAGGUAUUGCAAAUGGGGUAUGUCCAGUCUUUUUUAGUAGCCAUUUGGUCACAAACACUGGCCAAAGUUAGUGUUAGUAUUUGUUUGUGUGUGUGAAAAAUGCAAAAAACACCAAUUUUGGCCAGUGUUUGUGACUAAGUGGCUACUAAAAAAGACUGGACAUACCCCAUUUGCAAUACCUUGGGUUGUCUACUAUUGCAAAUGGUAUGCCAUCAUAGGGGUAAUUUUCAUUCUCGGGCUACCAUAGGGUCUCAAAGGCACCGUAACCAAUCUGGCGAAUUUUAAUGUGAAAAAAAUGAAACGCAAGCCUUAUAUUUGACGCUGUAACUUUUGAAAACUCCAUAAAACCUGUACAUGAGGGGUACUGUUGUACUCGGGAGACUUCGCUGAACACAAAUAUUUGUGUUUCAAAACAGUAAAAAGUAUCACAGCAAUAAUAUCGUCCGUGUAAGUGCUGUUUGUGCAUGAAAAAUGCAAAAAGUCACUUUUACUGGCGAUAUCAUCGUUGUAAUACAUUUUACUGUUUUGAAACACUAAUAUUUGUGUUCAGCGAAGUCUCCCGAGUAGAACAGUACCCCCUAUGUACAGGUUUUAUGGUGUCUUGGAAAGUUAUAGGGUUAAAUAUAGUGCUAGCAAAUUAAAUUCCCUUUACUUUCGGCAUGGGUUGUCAGGCAGGUCCCACUAAUUGUAAUUAAGAUACCUACUUAUGUAAAAAUAUUACGUGUGUGUGUGUGUGUGUGUGUGUGUGUGUGUGUGUGUGUAUGUAUGUGUGUGUAUAUGUGUGUAUAUAUAUAUAUAUAUAUAUAUAAAUUUUUAUUUAUAUAUAGGUAUAUAUACGUAUGUAGAUAUAUUUCGUUCUACGUGUAUUUUGAUAUAAAUAUAUAAUCCCAAUACAGUUAGAACGAAAUCAUACAUCUAUAUAUUUUUUAAUUUAAAUUAUUUUUUAAAUUUAAUUUUUUUUAUAUAUAAAUAUAUAACAAUAAUUAUAUAUUAAUAGUAAAAUACACCUAGAGUGUGUGUGUGUAUGUAUGUAUAUAUACACACACAGAUCAUUGCGUAAGAACUUCUCCUUCUACUAAUAUAGUUUAGCAUUGUCUUAGUUUAUCUACCCAUAGGCUCUGUCAUCUACAGAAUUUACAAAGAUUAUUCAGGAUAAGGUUGUUCUAUAUCUCAAACCCUUCUUUUUUUGCCUAAAGUCAUUUCUUCUAAUGCUAUUAAUCAACCAAUUUCCCUGCCUGCUCUUGGUAAUUCAUCUGACUCUAAUCUGGAAAAAAAAUUGGCACAAGUUGUAUGUCGGAAGAUCCCUUGGACUGCUCCUCUGCAUUUAGGAAGACUCUCACUAUCUUUUUGUGAAAUUAUGUAAAUGUAAAGUUCAUACAGCCUCAAAGUCUACUAUGGCUUGUGGACACUAUAAAGUUAUGUUUCAUCAAAUCUGCUCUUACCUACCUCCUUGAAAGCUCAUUCUACAAGAACCAUGGCUACUUCUUGGGCUGAAAAAGCUCAAGCUUCACCAGAAGACAUCUGCAGAGCUGCUACAUGGUCUUUAUUUAACUCCGUUGUAAAACAUUAGACAAGACUUAUACUUUACCUCUGACACUGCUUUCAGGCAUAAGGUGUUGCAAGUGGCUGCCUAAUUCCUGCCUAUAGUUCUGGGAUCACGAUAUAUCCCUAUUGUACUGCUACUGUAUGUCAGGAAAAACUGUAAUUUUACUUGCCAUAAAUUCCUUUUUCCUUAAUAUGGUGGCAGUAAAACACCCCCACCCACCCCUUUUAUUAAUGAGUUUGAUAUUUUUGUAUUUUUUUUUUUUUUUUGUGGCGUACUCCGGGUCCAUGACAGAUUGGUGUCUACUUGUUGGGGGAGGAACUUUUUAUGUUAAUUUUGUACUUCCACCGUAUGUCAGAAAAAAGAAUUUAAGGUAAGUAACUUUUUUUUUUUUUUUCAUUACAAGGAAUAUCUUUGCUGAUGUCACUGUCUGAAAUAAGAAAAUUGUCCUUGUGAUUGUUUUAUAGUUAUGCUUGACCCUGAGUGAUGUAAUUGAAUAUAUUAAAUAGAUCAUGGUUUGGAAUUAACAUACCUCUUUUACUUGUGUGCAAUAGGAGGCUUUGAUGGUGGUUAUGGUGGUUCUGGAAUGGGAGGAGGUGGUGGUUACAUGCAGUCACCAGGGGGCUUUGGAUCCCCAGCACCCACACAAGGAGAAAAGAAAGCUGUGAGUAUCAAAUAAAAAUUUAUUUUCCAUAGUCCAAGCGGCAGUCAUAACAAGUGUAAUAUAGUUGCCCAUUUCAAACAGGUCAAAAAAGGACAUUGAAAAGGUUAAAACAACAAAAUGCAGUCCCUCCCCUCCUAGCCUUAUAAAGGGCAACUCCACCCUGAGCUCCCCAGUAUUUGCAUCAGCGUGGAUCAGCGCGACCCACCAAAAAACAGCCGGCGACCCACAGUUUGGGAAACCAUGUUUUAGACUAUACGUAUAACAAUUUUGGGAUGUGUAUUCCAGUCUAUAUGAAACCCAGUUAUGCUGGUAUUAGAAAUUCACAGCUUUUUAUUUUUACGUUGUGUCCAUAGUGAGCAUUUCGUUUUCCUAGUUUCUCUUAAUAACCUCUACUCACUUUCUGGGGGUCACGUCAAAUUUGUAUAAUCUUCCAGCAUGGCCAUGUUUCUUACAUUGGUAAUUGAAUUGGGAACUGCCAGCCAACUUCUGAGAGUUGGGCUAAAAUUGGAUUAUUAACUUCCAAUUUGUACUGAUUUUUUUUUUUUUUUUAUUCUUUAUUUUAUUUGUGCAGGAAAAAUCACAUAUAGCACACCAAGCCACAACAGCCGGGGCAUGCAGAGUCAAACAAAGAUUUGCAUUAGGUAGACAGGGGAAAAUAACUUUGCACUUUUUUGUUUUAGAUUAUCGCUUGACACACAUAUUGUACAUGAACAGGUUGAACAUAGAUGAUUUCUAACUGCGUUGCCUUAGGUUACUAAAGAUUAGUGGAUCUCAAAGUAUGCUUGAAAAACUUUGCACAUUUUUGGAUUAUUAUCGCUUGACACACAUUUUAUACAGAAACAGGCUUGCUACGCAGAUAAUUAGGCUUCUCUAUAAACAUGCUUGAUAAUUAUGAGUGAUAAGAGUUGUGUAUAGUUAGAGUCCUGCUUGUGUAUGGUAACCAUAGCACCGUUGGUCUGGGUUGGCUACACGCCAGGUGGGCCCCGUCAGCGCAGGUAGAGGUGAUAAAUGGUGUGGGGGUUGCAGCUGGGUAAAGAGUGGUGGGUGCUCUCCGGGCUGUGUUUAGUCCCAGGGUCGGUUCAUGCCAGGUAGGUCAUGUGAGGCAGGGUCUUUGAGUCCCGGGUGUGGGCUAGGAUGGGGCCCGAACAGGGUGUCGCCAGGUAUCUUGGCUGCAUUGGCAUGCUGUGCGUCGGCGUUUGUCGUGUGGUUGUCUCCCCUGCCCUAUCUCCAUCAGGGUUGUGGCUGUGGGAUGUUGCCACUGACCUUUCCAGCUACCGGUUCUCCGAUGUAGUACAGGGUCUGUCUCUGCCUCCUAGCAGCUUGCUCCUGCGUAGUGUAAGGCUGCGUUGCUGCUAGGAGUCUUCCUGGUUCUGCCCGCCGCCAUUUUAAGUGAGCGGAGUGCUGCUGCUUCCUCCCGUCCGGCAGAGCUUGUUUGCAGGUGUUUGGGCUUGUAGGGGUGCCAUGGUGGACCGUGAUGACCCCCAGCGGUCCAAGGGGGGGGAGAGAUUCUGCGUCUGCAGGACUUCGGGACUGGAGGACUGGCUGCGUCCCCAGCCCCGCAUCAACCACUAGGCCGCAAGUCGGACCUGCCUUGGCUAGUGUCUCCUGGGAGCCUGUGAUGCCUCUGUCCCGUUCCCACCAGUAGCUCUGUGGAGUGAGUGAGCGUGGGUUGGGGUAAGGGAGGCUUAAAGUCGGCUGUUUGGUGGGAGCUCUGGAUGCUUGCGACUGCUCCGCAUGGCGGUCAAGCUCCGCCCCCCCCCCCAAUUUGUACUGAUUUUAAGAGGUUAAUUGGUAUUUUAUUAAACCAGGUUUCAAUAUUUUCAUGGUUUUAUUUAUUUUUAUUUAUUUUUUUACCUCACCAGUUUAUUGAAAUACCUUGUCUUACACCACUAGGGUCUGCUGUGUAGCCCAGCAGGGACAGACUAUUAUAGAUGUCGCAGGAGUAGCUAGUCAGGGCCUAUGCUUUUAAAAUAAGGUUACCAUAUACAGGUGAUACUCGAAAAAUUAGAAUAUCAUGCAAAAGUUCAUUUAUUUCAGUAAUGCAAUGUAAAAGGAGAAACUAAUAUGAUAUAGACGCAUUACAUGCAAAGUAAGAUGGUUCAAGCAGUGAUUUGUCGUAAGUGCGAUGAUUAUGGCUUACAGCUCAUGAAAACUCCAAAUCCACAAUCUCUUUAGAAUAUAGUAAAAAGGUUCAGUGUCCCAUUCUAAUUAGCUAAGUAAGCCAUAACACAUGCAAAGGGUUUCUGAGCCUUUAAAUGGUCUGUCUGGUUUAGUAGGAAUCACAAUCAUGGGAAGACUACUGACCUGACAGUUGUGCAGAAAACCAUCAUUGACACCCUCCAUAAGGAGGGAAAGCCUCAAAAUGUAAUUGCGAAGGAAGUUGGAUGUUCCCAAAGUGCUGUAUCAAAGCACAUUAAUAGAAAGUUAUGUGGAAAGAAAAAGGUGCACAAGCAGCAGGGAUGACCGCAGCCUGGAGAGGAUUGUCGGGAAAAGGCCAUUCCAAAGUGUUGGGGACUUUCACAAGGAGUGGACUGAGGCUGGAGUCAGUGCAUCAAGAGCCACCACACACAGACGGAUCCUGGACAUGGGCUUCAGAUGUUGUAUCCCUCUUGUCCAGCAGCUCCUGAACAACAAACGUCAGAAGCAUUUUACCUGGGCUAAAGAAACAGACCUGGUCUGUUGCUCAGUGGUUCAAAGUCCUCUUUUCUGAUGAGAGCAACUUUUGCAUCUCAUUUGGAAACCAAGGAUCCAGAGUCUGUAGAAAUAGAGGGACACACUGCAAGAUGCUCUAAGUCCAGUGUGAAGUUUCCACAGUCUUUGUUGAUUUGGGGAGCAAUGUCAUCUGCUGGUGUUGGUCCACUGUGCUUCAUUAAGUCCAGGUUCAAUGCAGCCAUCUACCAGGAGAUUUUGGAGCACUUCAUGCUUCCUUCCGCAGAUGAGCUUAAUGGGGAUGCUGACUUCAUUUUCCAGCAGGACUUGGAACCUGCCCACACUGCCAAAAGCACCAAAGCCUGGUUCAAUGACUGUGGGAUUACUGUGCUUGAUUGGCCAGCAAACUCGCCUGACCUGAACCCCAUAGAGAAUCUAUGGGACAUUGUCAAGAGAAAGAUGAGACAUGAGACCGAACAAAGAAGAGCUGAAGGCCGCUAUUGAAGUAUCCUGUUCUUCCAUAACACCUCAGCAGUGCCACAGGCUGAUAGCUUCCAUGCCAUGCUGCAUUGAGGCAGUAAUUGCUGCUAAAGGAGCCCAAACAAGUACUGAGUCCAUAUGCAUGCUUAUACUUUUCAGAAGUCUGAUAUUCUAUGUACACUCCUUGUUUUAUUGAUUGCAUGUAAUAUUCUAAUUUACUGAGAUUGUGGAUUUGGGGUUUUCAUGAGCUGUAAGCCAUAAUCAUCGCACUUAUGACAAAUCACUGCUUGAACUAUCUUGCUUUGCAUGUAAUGCGUCUAUCUUAUAUAUUUUCACUUUUACGUUGCAUUACUGAAAUAAAUGAACUUUUGCAUGAUAUUCUAAUUUUUCGAGUAUCACCUGUAUGUGGACAGUUUUUAUUUAUAGCUUUGUUUCAAUUCUGAAAUGAGGGGCACCACAAUCAGAUCAAACUGACUUUAUCAGUUUUCCACUAGUCGGCAUGUGCUGUGCACAGAGGCUGGGCUUCAUAGUGUGUGUCUUUACAGCGCGUUAGUGGCAUCUCAAUUACACCUGGAGGAGUUCAGACCUUGUGUAAACCAGCAGUUGGUUUGAUAUUUUUUUUUUCACUUCGUGUUUAGAGGUGUAGAGUUUGGGAUAUAUGCAUUUUUAACUUCUGAAAUGUAUGUGCUGCUAUUUAUGCAUCUAUAUGAUUUUUUUAUUUUAUUUUUUUUUUGUGGUUCUAUCACAUUACCUAUGUGCAGAUAUAUCUUGCAGCUUUCCUUUCAUCUUUUUCACAAGUGCUUUUCCAAAGAUUUUGAGAUCAGGACUAUAAUAAGCUUGCUACGUAAAGUUUUUAGAACAAUAAACUCUAAAAUUGGUAUCUGCACAAUUCUUCCAGAGUUUAACGCCUCCAAAUGUGUUUACAAAAUAGAAUGAGGGGGAGUAAACACAAACUCACUAUCCACUUCUGGGUCUAUUCUUUCCCUAUCUGUGUUCUUGCAUUUGACAUUAGGGGGCCCUUUGUAGGUUGACUUUUUCUUUUCAUGCAUUUAUUCAUGGGUUUUCUCCAUAUGUUGAAAGUAUCUCUACUAUGGCUAGUUGUGAGGCUGGGUACGCUAAUGGUUUAAUUAGUGGUUAAUUAUUUGUCUUAUUAGCCUGUAUGUUAAUCAUGGAUAUGGGGGGGGCAAGGUCUGAGGUCUGAGCAAGAUGGGCGUUUGAAACUUGAGCUCUGCACCACUGAGCUUCUAAUAACGACUUGCCGCAGCACUAUUUACCCCUAUGGGCCCGACCAAGCUUUCGGAGCCCCUGCAGACUCGUAGGGUUACUCACGCAUAGUGUGACGGGACCAAUGAACGACUCCCUUCAGACUCUGCCGGGGCCUAGCUGCAGGGUGCACGGCUCCAAGAUGGCACCUGUAUCCCCUUCCUCUGCCCGGGAUCCUCCAUGCUGUCCGAUAUCUGUGCCGACAUAUGGCGAUUGGUGGCAGCUAUGAUAACCAGGGACUACCUCCAGUCCCUCUCCACCACGCUGAUUGCCUCCCUUACCUCAGCGGUUGCGGCGAGCCCGGAUACAGGCACUUGAGACCCAAGCCGCACAACCACAGGACACGACUUCGGAUGUCGCUAUUGCAAGGCAGGGGGCCAUGAUACUUUCCCUACGCCGCCAGGUGGAAAAUCUGAACAAUAGGAGUCGCCGCUUCAACAUUAGGGUACGUGGUGUACCAAAGUGAAGGGAGAGGAAAAUGCUGAGUACCUUUUGGCUGGGCUGUUCAGCAUAGUCCUUGGUGGAGCGAGUCCGCAGGUGUUGUGGGUUUUUUUAGAGCGCACAGGGCCCAGAUUCCAUUGAAAUGUAGAAGGGGAGAGGAGGGACGAAAACAAUUAAAAAAAAAAAAAAAUAAUAAUUUUUUAAAAUUGGACACAGACUGAAGAUGUCUUGGACCCCACCCCCUAAGUGUCAGUGGUGGAGCAGUUCAGGCGUAGCUAUAUUGCUUGAGGCGGCGCUGCAAUUUCAGGAGACCAAGAGGAUGACAGACUGUGGUGGCAGAUAAAUCUUCCUGAAAGGAGAGCUGCAGGAUCGCAAAUUCACAUUUGUAGAUGUGUAUGUGCCUAAUGCGAACCAAUCCCAAUACAUGCACAAAAUCAUUAAUAAACUUGAGUCGUUCGCAGAAGGAGCCCUAGUCCUGGGGGGAGGAGUUUAAUGUCCUUCUAAACCCGGUAGUUGACUCAUCAUCUGGACACAGCAGUAUCCCACGAGGAGCUUUGACCCCUUAAGGACACAUGACGUGACAUGUCAUGAUUCCCUUUUAUUCCAGAAGUUUGGUCCUGAAGGGGUUAAGUAGCCUACAGAAUUUGCUGAGAAGGCUCAGGCUCAUGGCUUGCUGGAGAGCUCUACACCCAGCAGAUAAGGAGUACACCCCCUAUUGGGCAAUUCAUAAGAUAUGCUAGGAUUGAUUUAAGUAUUUCUUCAAGAAGCACAAUUAACGAACAUGCAAAUGGUGGAGAUAAAAGCAGCCAUGUGGUCAGAUCAUAACCCUGUGACCAUGGAAAUGAACUUGCCGAGAUUUAGACCAGCAACAUGGUCCUGGAGGCUAAAUGACUCCCUCCUACUAGACUUGGGUAUUAAGGAGAAAAUUAUUGUGGAGCUCUCCGCAUACUUAAAGAUGAACACGCCAGGCGAACUCACAGCAGCCAUGAUCUGGAAAACACAUAAGUGCCAUCACAUGGACUAUUAUCCACCUUGCAUCCAGUAAGAAGGAAGCCCAGCGCCAUCUAGCAAGCUUGCUGUGAAGAUAGUCUCUUGAAGCACAACAUAAAAGAUCCAACUCGUGGAAACCUACGGGGAGCUAUUGGAGGCUAGACGUGUAACCGCGGCUGGUUCCCUUAUUUACCACUAUAACGUCUUAACGCAUAGAACUUUAGUAGGGCUAAUCAUACAGAUAUCUUAGCCAUAAUUUCCUAUAGUUAGUGUAAGAGAUCCUCUAUUUAACAUAAUUGAGAAUACAAUAUAAAAUAAGGAUUGUCUUGGAAGCAAUAAAGUUUUUUUUCUUUUUUUGAUAUUAUAUAAAAUCCAUUAUAGCAGAAUUUAUAAGAUUAAACUAAAUGCUUACAAAUAUUAAUAGGUUAACAUACCCUUCUGAACAUGUCGUCAUGUCAGCCUCUCUGUCAUUUUAAGAUGGAGCAGCGUCUGUCUCAAAGUCUCUCCUCUGUGUCUUAACAGUACACCUAUUUAUACCUUAGGUGUCUCCAUUUUAGGGUUACCGUAGUUCAUAUAUGAAAAAGUAAAACUUCUUUUACUUCAUUUUAGGACCUCCCUUAAUCUGGCAAACAUACAAGGCCAUAACUAAAGGGUGUAUACGUCAUGGAAAUUUUCCUGACUUAGUUCAAGAUGGCAUCUUAAAGUCUGAACAUCCUUAUCUACUAAGGUUACCACAGUAUAUUGUGUACUGAAAGAGUCAUAGCAUUGAAGCUUGUUUAUGUAUUUUUGUAAUUCGUCUGGGACAAAAUGGCGCAAACAUAUUAUGCACUGAGGUUAUUGCUUAAAGAAACAGUUCUGAAAAACAAUAUGUUCCAUUUCUAACACCUUGUCAGUUUGCAAUAUCUCUUAAAGACAAAGUACAGUUUAAGAAAUACAUUUUCAUUCUAAAACUUGUAAUAUUUGCAUUUGCCCAUAACAGACGCCAGCUUCAAACGCUCAUCACUCAUAGAUACUACCGAUCGGUCUAAAGAUCAGAUGCCUUUUUCUAUCCACGUGCUAACAAAGGGGGGAAAAUUACUGGCGAGAAUGCUGAAGGGCCUCCUAACACUCACUCAGGUACACAAACUACGAACCUCCUAAGGGAACUCUCCAGUUCCCGGACAAGAUCGCGCCGGAGUUCUUUUCCUUUUUGUUCUUCGAUAUAAAACAUCCCACAACCGACUCAACCAGGGGUCCUUGAGAUUAGAAAUGUUAGAAGGAUGAGGUUCCUCAAUGACUUCAUCAGGGAAAGAAUUGGAUCAGAUGAGGCAGAAACACUGGAUAGGCCCAAACGGCUUCACCCUGGACUAUUACAAGCACUAUCUUACUUCCUAAGGCGCGGAACGCUUUGACGGUCCAGAACAGUCUCCAUCAAGAAUCGCUUGCUUCCACCAUCACUGUCAAUCCUAAAAUGGGAAAAGAUCUAGAUAUGUGCGGUUGUUAUAGGCCAAUCUCCCUACUUAACGUGGAUAUCAAAUUGUUUACUGAAAUUCUGUCCACCAGGAUUUGGAACAUGCUGCCAAGACUUGUACACCCAGAUCAAAUGAGUUUCAUACCUGUAAGAGAGGUCCAGGAUUGCACUCUGAGAGCAAAGUACAAAGUCUUCUUGUCGACUGACUCGGAGAAAGCAUUCAACGAGGUGGAUUGGUCGUUCCUUAUGGCCACGCUACGGGAGAUGGGAUUUGGAAGCAACACUAUGAGCUGGAUAAGAGCAUUAUACAGCUGUCCUAGCGAACAGAUUAGAGUAAAUGGAGCACUCUUAGAUCAUUUUCAGAUACGAAAUGGAACUAGGCAGGGGUGCCCUGUUUCCAAUGCUCUUUGCACUGACCCUGGAGGCCGUGUGGAAAUCUGCCUAUAUUAAGGGCUUUACGUGGAAAGUCACCUCUCAUAAGGUUGCUGCAUAUGCCGAUGAUUUUUUUUUAAAAUUUUUUUUAUAUAUAUAUGAUCCCACUACGACGCUGCCACACUUAGUGGAACUGUUGGAGUACUAUGGGACAUACCCAAAUUUAAACUGAACAUGUCUAAAUGUGAGUUACUUAAUAACUCAACUCUUGGCCAAAAACGAACUCCUACAUCAUCCGUUUCCUUUCUAAUGGUGCACUACACACAUUAAAUAUCUGGGAAUAGUUACGUAGCUGAAAAGAGACUUGCGUCCAUCAAGUUCAGCCUUCCUCACAUUUGUUUUUUGCUGUUGAUCCAAAAGAAGGCAAAAAAAAAGUUUGAAGCACCGUUUUGCAACAAGCUAGGAAAAAAAUUCCUUGGAUUUAUCCUUGGAUCAAGCUGUUAUUACCCUACAUUGAAAGAUUAUAUCUUUGAAUAUUCUGUUUCAUGCAUCUAGUAGCUGUUUGAACAUCUGUAUGGACUCUGAUAGAACCACUCUGAUAGAAUAGUUGUCACAAGGGACUAUCAAUACCGCAUUCAUUUUCUACUUCUUACAACGCAUACAAAAUCUACGAAAAUGGGCUUAUCCGCAUAUAUUGUGAUUUAGCCGGAUCACAGUUAUAAAGAUGAGCGUACUACCUAGACUCCUAUACCGGGUUUCAAGCUCUUCCUUUCGCCUUUCCCACAGCCUUCUUCGCUUCCCUGAGAUCCUCCAUGAUUCAACCUGUAUGGAAUGGAGAACAAGAGACUUAAAUAUGACCUCUUAUGCCCCCGAGAAGCUGGUUGAGUACUGGCACUUCUUGACCUCCAUAAGUACCACCAAGCCACCAUUCUGCAGAGUUUGGGAAUGGAAUAUGGAUCCAGCUCCUAAGCAGUCGGUAGAGCAUAAGGGCCACAUGCAGCCAUAGCUCCUAACAGCGCUCUGGCACUCAAAGGGGUGCCCACGGAGUACUAUGGAUUUGACCUCUCCGGUGAUGCAGACGUUGGCGACAUGGCACAGCUUGAUGGAUAUGACUGUAGCUGUAGAUAUGACAAGCGGGGGGCUGCCUGCCUCUGAAAACUUGCCCCAGCUCUUUGACACUAUCCAGUGGCUCCUGUCUUUUUUUUCCUUCUGUAUCAUUCUCUCUUCUCAUCUUUCUACUCCUUUUCCUAUCGCUAUUUUCUAUCAACUGAAGGACCGGGAUCCCGCCGGAUACUCAAAAUAAUUUAUAGCAUUUCUAACACUAUAUGGAUGGCAGGUAUCCCAUAACCACAGUUGAAAUGGUUGUAUGUCUCGAAAUUAUAAUUUGUGGUGAAAUAUACUAGCUGGUAUUAUAGCCAUCUCCUAUGUAUCUAUCUAAGCUUGCAUAUGAGGCUAUUUCAAUGCUCUCAUAACCCUAUACUUUUACUGUAUACCCUGACUCAGCUGAACCAUGUUGAUGCUGCAAUAGAAUUGCAGGGGUAAUAGGGUAAUGGAUUAGGGGACGUGGGAAAAAUGAGUGACUUUGGGACCUGUAUUGCUUUACCUUAUUUACUUACAUAUGCUCAUGGUUUUCUUUAACCCCUUCAGGACCACUGACGAUUCAGGACUGUCAGCGGUAAACCGUGCGUUUGGACCGCUGACGGUCCUGAAGCGUCAUAGCGAAAAACGGGCUGCGGGAAGCGAUCAAAGAUCGCUCCCGCCAGUAUAACACUGCUACUAUCUGCCAGGCAGAUAGUAACAGCCAGUUGCGGCGUGUGCAUUUGUACUGUCUGUAUUUAUUUAUUUAUUUGCCCUUAAAGGGUUAAAUUUGUUUUAAAAAUCUGUCUUGGUCAGUCAGUUUCCUUCCCCCAAAUCUCCAUUAGAUUUUUGUGACAGGAGUUAGUUUAGGGAUUGCUGUUUAGUCUGUUUUAGUAUUAAAAAAGUGUUAAAAAAAUAAUAAAAAAAAAAUAAAUAAAAAUGCAGCGUAUGUAUAACUUGCAGGAGGCAUAUGCCUUCUUGGCGUCAGACACUGACACUGCGUCAGAUUUUGACCCAGGUCAGUUUUGACACGUCUAGUCUAGACGACAUGUCAUCUGUGUGUGUGAGCCAGCUGAAGAAAGAAGCUGUGCUUCCUCUGCUACGCCGAAUGUGGAGGAGGACUGGGUACCUCCACAGUUAGCCGAGCCCAACGUCCCCCCUUUUAGUACCAACACAUGCAUUGAUGUUAAUGUGGAUGGCUUCUCCCCAAUGCAGUAUGUAGAACUAUUUUUAGGGGAUACCAUCUGGGAGGAGAUUGCUUUCCAGACUAACUUGUAUGCUACCCAAUUUAUUAACAAUCCAGGAAGCUAUAGUCAGGGAGCAUGAGUGGCAUCCCACAGAUGUCCCAGAGCGUAAAAAAUUCGCUCAUACUGGAGCACCAACCGAAUGUCUAGUCCAGUAUUCUCCCAAACCAAGCCUAGAGCCAGAAACGAGUUACUGCUGAGAUUUUUAUAUUUCAGUGACCAUACCCUGUCACCCUAGAGAUCACACCCGAUACGAUAGGCUUUAUAAAAUACGCCUACUGCUAGACCAUUUUCAGGACAAAUGUUCGGAUGUUUAUACCCCCAACAAAAUUUAUCCAUAGAUGAAUCUCUAAUAAAAUACAAAGGGAGAUUAGGGUUCAGACAAUACAUCCCCCUCAAAGCGCUCUAGGUAUGGCAUAAAACUGUACAAACUGCGAGAGCGAAAGUGGAUACACGUUUGCCUUUCGUGUAUAUGAGGUGAAAGAUGGUCAACUGGACCCUCCUGGCUGUCCUGACUCCCUGGGGACAAGUGGGGAAACUUGUAUGGGACCUACUAAACCCCUUGUUUGAUAAAGGUUACCACCUUUAUGUGGAUAAUUUUUAUAGUAGUGUUCGUCUGUUUAAAACACUUUAUGGUUUACAGACACUGGCCUGCGGCACUGCCAGAAAAAAUUCCAAAGACUUUCCAUGCUCUCUCAUAGAGGCAAAAUUUUAAAAAGCGAAUGUAAAGCACUUUGCAAAGCUCAAGUGCUUGCACUAAAAUUUAGGGACAGGAAGGAUGUCAACAUGUUAACCACCAUCCAUGACGAAUGCAUGUCAGACGUCUCUGUCCGAGGCAGAGUAGAGUCCAAACCGGUUUGCAUCAGGGCGUAUAAGUACAUGGGGGGUGUUGAUUUGGCUGAUCAGCUGAUGCAGCCAUAUCUUUUACGAAAAACCAAAGCAUGGUAUAAAAAGGUGGCUAUAUUUAUAUGAUGCAAAUAGCAACCCACAACUCAUUUUUUUAUUUUUUAUUUAUUUAUUUUAUUUAAUAAUCCAGGGAAAACCCACCUUUCUCCAAUUUCAGUUGAAAAUAAUUUCUUUAACAAUUUAUGGAGAUGGACAAGUUCCAACAACGGUGCAAGCGGAGUCCAGACCUUUUCUUUUUAAGCUACCGCCAACUGCUAGGGGAAAAAAAAACAAAAACCCAGAAAUGUUGCCGGGUUCUGUUUUAAAAACAAGAAAAGGACAGACACCCCUUUUCACUCUCCUAUUGCCCUUUGAAACCAGGACUGUGUGUAGGAAUAUGUUUCAAGCUGUACCACACAGAACAGUUGUAAGAAGUGUUCCCGAAUUUCUAUUUUUUGCUUCUUUGGAAAGCAGCCAUUUUUUGUUAGUUUCCUUCCCCCAAAUCUCCAGUUAGAUUCUAUUUGCAGGAGUCAGUUUAAAGAUUGCUGCUAAAUGUACAUUUGCUACCUGCACAUUUGGUCCAACACAUAACCAGCUGACCAAAACCAGAUGACGUGUGCAUAAAAACCGGAAUUAAAAAAUUACCAAUACACUUUCUUUGGGGGGCAAAAUGGUUGGGGGAAAGAAGUCAAAACACCCUAUCUUCUAUAACCUUUGAUGUCUACUUUAUAAAAAUAUAUAUACUGUCAUGAUGGUUACAUUAACUGGGGGGUGCAAAAAUGUCAAACUGAAGAUAGACCAAGCAUACCUAUAUAUCAAGUUGAACUGACAUGUACAAGUUCUGAUUGCCUUUUGGCCCCCAAACAACCCAGCAACCCUAUACAUGGGUGGUAUCACUGUACUCAGGAGAUGUUGUUGCUGAACAUAUUGGGCAGUGUUUGGCAGUGACACAUAACCGGAUCUGUUAAUUCAUGCCUAAAGUACAAUGUGUGUGACAAAGAAACAAAAAAGAUUUGACAAAGGCUGGUGGUAGAAUUCAGUGCAUGAAGUGUUAAAAUACCACCGUUUAAAAUACCCUGGGUUGUCUAAUUUUCAAAAAUAUAUGGUUUGAUGGGGGUAAAAUACAUUGGCUCAAAUGGGACAUGGGCGCAGGUUAAUUACAUGUCAAAAUUCCAAGUUGGGAAACUGAUAAGCGCACCUGCCAAACAUGGCCUUUUAGCCCCCAAAAAACCCAAGCCAAGUCUAUGCAUGGGUGGUAUCACUGUAUUCAGGAGAUCUUGCUGAACACAUAUUGGGGUGUUGUUUGGCAGUGAUACAUAACAGGAUCUGUUAAUUCAUGCCUAACGUACAAUGUGUGUGGGAAAAAAAACUGGAAAAAAAAUUACUGACUCAAUGUUAGACAAAGCCUUGUGGUAGAAUUAGUGCAUGGAAAGUGUUAAAAUACUACCAUGUGAAAUACCCUAGGGUGUCUAAUUUUCAAAAAUAUAUGGCUUGAUGGGGGUAAAAUACAUUGGCUGGCUUCAAAAAUGUCCCAAAUAGGACAUGCAUGCAGGUUGACUACAUGUCAAAAUUCCAAGUUGGGAAACUGAUAUGCGCACCUACAAAAUGUGUCCUUUUAGCUCCCAACCCAACACACCUAUACAUGGGGGGUAUCCCUGUACUCGGAAGAUGUUGCUGAACACAUAUGGGGGUGUUGUUUGGUAGUGACACAUAACAGAAUCUGUGAAUUUAUACCUGAAUUGCAAUGUAUGUGGGAAAAAAAAAAAAACUACCUAUGCAAAGGUUUGUGGUAAAAUGGCUGCAUAGAAAGUAUCAAAAUAUUCUUAGAUGAAUACCCUGGGUUAUCUAGUUUAAGAAAAAUACAUACAUGUGGGUUGUUUUUUGGAGAUUUAUGACAUAACAGUGUUACAAUGUCACUAUUGAUACAUUUGAAAAAUGUACAUUUUGAAACAGCAAUUUCCUAAUUGUACUUAUAGCCCUAUAAUUUGUAUCUGAACAGCAAAUGAGAGCGGAAAAUUACAGCUAAACUCAAACACCACAAAAGUGUUCAAAUAGCUCUGGUCCUUUAAUGCACAAACAUCGCAAAAACAGUCCGGUCCUGAAGGGGUUAAUAAAAGCUUUGAUUUGGAAAAAAAAUCUAAAAUUAUGUGUAUGUAUAUGUGUGUAUAUAUGUGUGUGUAUGUGUAUAUAUAUGUGUAUGUGUGUGUGAUUUUUUUUUUUUUUUUAAUUUUUUUUUUUCCCCUCCCAUUUUCUGUUUGGUGUUGGUAUGUAUUGGGCUAUAUUAAUCACUAUGGCAAAUAUAUAUUUAUUUUUAUGUAUCGGUUUGUCUGUAUAAGUGACAAAAUACACUUAUAACACCUACAAUACCACCAGUGAAAAUAUGAAUAACAAGCAAUUGCCCUUCUGUAUUCUGAAAACUGUAUAAGAUUCCUCCAAAUUUUGGGUUAUGUCUGUAUAAGUUUUUUUUUGUUUGUUUUUUUUUCAUUUAUAUGCAUAUUUAAAUGAGUGUUGUAUGUCACUUCUGGAUUUGCGCUGAUUACUGUGUGUAUUUUCUUACCCUGCAGAUAACGACUAAGGUUCUAACUAAGUUUAAUACUGGUGGUGUUCCAGAAUUACUCCAGUAGGCAGUCCCAUCAGCUGGGGAUGGUAUUCUUUGUGAUUCAGGAGCCAUAAUCCACAGGCUCCUGUAUUGUGGGUUCUCUAGGUGAAAUUGUUUCCACCCUGUUUUUUUUUUUUUUUAAUCUUGCUAUAUUAUGUUCUUUAUAUCAUCCCUCUUGUUAUGACUGCCGCUUGGACGCCUGUAAAAGCAAAAUUUUUACUUGCCAUAAAUUAAUUUUUUCCAUAGUCAGUCAGUCAUGAUUUCCCUCCCUUUUAUACUUUUAGAUUAGAAAAAUGUAAACACAUAUCCUCCUAUUAGCUUGUUAUAUACUGGGGAGGUCAGGGUGGAUGGGAAGGCUAAGCGGGACAGCAUUUUGUUUUAACCUUUUCAAUGCUACCUGCCCUGUUAGAAAUUUGCAACAAUAUCCCACUUGUUAUGACUGCCGCUUGGACUAUAGAAAAAUUUAUGGUAAAGUAAAAUUUAGGUUUUUUUUGCUUGGUUGUCUCCCCUUGCCAAUCUAAUGCCUUAUGCAGCAGAACGCAUGGUGUCUUGCAAAUUUCCUGUAAUCGCUAGCAUUUUGCACCAUAUACCUUGCAUUGUGCUUGCAGUAGCCCUCUUUGAUAUUCGUAAAGACACAGGUUGCAAGCACAACUUUACGGUUGUGCAACAGACUUGAGAGCAUAUGGAAGCUAGGAAUGUGGUUCUAAGAUUGUAGCACCAGCUUUUCCAUGUUGGAGCACUUCUAUAUUUUUCUGCUGAUUUAUUUCCUUCAUACAUGUUUGUGUGAAUUACAGCAUUCCGCCCUCCUGUUUAAAAGAUUUCUCUUAACUAGUUGAUUAUUGAACUCAAACUGACCUUGUUUUUGGUCAUUGCCAGUAUGAUUGUGUGAUUUAUUUAUUUUUUAAAAUGUAUUUAUAUUUUUUUCUCUCUCUCUACAUUGUGCAAUUGACAGGGGGUAGGGGGAGGGGUGUGUAUAUCUGUGUGUCUGUCUCUCAAUUCCAAAGGCUUUGCACUCCUCCACAAUAAUCUAACAAAUACAACUUGCCUGGGUGCUGCAACCCACGUUAAAUAUACAGUCACUAAUGAACAAAGGAUGCACUCACAGGUCUUUACAAUCUUCAAUGCUGUUUUAUUCCAGUGUGAUAUUUCAAAUCAACGUUUCGGCGCCUUUGAGCCUUUUUCAAGAUUUUGAAAAAGGCUUAAAGGAAGCCAAAACGUUGAGUUGUAUGCACAGUUGAUUUGGAAUAAAACUGCAUUGAAGAUUGUAAAGACCUGUGAGCGCACCAUUUGUUCAUUGGUGUGUGUGCAGUGAUUUGACGUAGUCAUGGUUCCUGAUGUCUGAAUGUUCAGCAUUUCGCUGUGAAACCCUGCAUAUACAGACUUUAACCCCUUGGGUGCCAGAUGUCUAACUUCACCCCGAGCAACCUCAUAGGAGCAUUAUUGGCCAUCCUGGAGCAAGAUUUCUGGGCUCGCUAAUAUCAAGUCUCUGCAAAUAUUUUUUGCACAGUCUGCCAUUCAUUAGCUGAGUGGUCAGCUAUUGCACUCAGACAAUAAAUGGUGACUGGAUCAGCUUCUGCAGCUCUUCAGAAGCCAGAAGUGAAUCACACAUGGGGAGAGCCCAGCCAGGACCCAGGUAAGAGGGCAAACUGUUGAACAGUUUCCUCUUUUACCAGGGAACCAGGCAAGGGUACUCCUUUCAUCAUAACCACUACACUACAGUGGGCUGUAGUGGUUCUAAUGAAUGGCGUAAUACUUUAAGAACCAUAGGCUUUAAUUGUUUUGUAUGUUGUAACCUACUUUCCACUAACUUUUGUUAGGCACUGUUUCUGCAUAUAGAGUCUUCCAGACACAACUGACCGUAUAAUAAUCGAUUAGUCCUGUAAUGAUUACUGUCCUUGACACCUAUAUGGUCUCAGAAUGUUUACUGGGACUUCCAUAGGUGACAUGUAUAUACAUAAGACAUUUUGGGUAAGAUUUACUUUGAAGCUCUCUUUCCUCUGUGCUGGCUUCAGCGCAGGCAUCCUUUUCCUAUCAGCUAUUGCAUGAGAUAAAUGAAGAGGAAAUUACAGUAUAUGGCAAGCGGAGGAUAAUUAUAUCUCUGCUUUUUGCCAUUAUCUAAUUAGUACAUUAGUCAAAGUAGUUACUACUUUGUCUUAUGUAUUUUUAAUGUGAGAUUUUUGCAUAAGAAUGCGCUGCCUUUGCGUUUUAUGUAAAACUCAGAAGCGACUGCUGCAUUAGACAUGUUAUCAUGCUGCAGAAUGUCAGAAUAAUUUAUUCCAAGUCUUUCGAGAGCACAACUAAAAACUUGUACAAGGAAGCUAUACAAUUUUCAUAUUGGGUAAUUUUUAUUUUUUUGAAUUUUUUUUUUAGGAUGUACCCAGAAAUGUAAAUGUACACUUUUUUUCUCUUUUCUUUAACUGAACUGAAGAUGGUGCGAUUAGGUUUUACGUUAUUGAACAUUUGUGCUAAUGGCAAUGUGUGCUGUAGCCUGCUCCUUUAAUUGUGAACAAAAUGCUUCCAUAAGCAUAGAAACUUGGUCUUCACUGUUUGAAAUUUUGCUUACUUUGAAGUUUAAAGGGAUACUCCAGGCACCCAGACCACUUCUGCCCAUUGGAGUGGUCUGGGUGCCAACUCCCACUACCAUUAACCCUGCAAGUGUAACUAUUGCAGUUUUUAGAAACUGCAAUAUUUACAUUGCAGGUUAAGUCCUCCUCUAGUGGCUGUCUACUAGGAACUUCCGUGUUCAUAGAACACGAAAAGUGUUUUAAGCGACGCUGAAUGUCCUCACACUAUGCGAGGACCUACAGCGUUGCUGAAAUCCACAUGGGAAAGCAUUGUAUAAUGCUUUCCUAUGGGGAGGUCUAAUGGGCGUGCGUGGCCAUUGCUGACGUCGGCGCGGGAGGAGAGUAGGCGGAGCCUGACCCAGCACCCAAGGACAUUGGCGCUGGAAUCCUGUAAGUCACUGAAGGGGUUUUAACCCCUUCAGCAACUUGUGGGGGGGAAUUUGCUGGCGCUAUAUAAAUAAAAUACUAUGUAUUUUAAAAUGUUUGCUUAUUUUCCAGAGAUCCAGGGCACAACAGAUCGUACCAUGCACAGUAUCACAGCUUCUCUCGGCCACGCAGAAUGAUGAGGUUUUCAGAAUAGGGGAAGUUGAGCUUUCUCAGGUGUGUAUUUUAUCUUCUAAACAAAUGGGUCUCUUUUUACUAAACACCAGAUUUUGGCCCAAUGGACAAAACUGAUUGAAAAUGUUCAAAUUCUGACUGAAUUGGCAAUCAUCUUCUAAAGCCAAUUCAGUUCAGAUUUUGGGUAUGCUGACCAAAUCUCCACCCUUUGUCUGGUUUAAUUCGUUGUCUUCUUUAAAGUUAGUGCUUAAUACUUUUGAAUCUUAUAGAAAAUAUAGUAUUUUGUCUUUCACAAAGCAACACUUUUUCAAGAACAUUGGGGCCAAAUGCACAGAGUAAGAUGCCUCCACUUGCCAUGCUUCAGGCAUAACUGCUAAACAAAGAGGAACCAGCAGACACUUACUGUUAAGUUAUUGUUGACCAGUCAUUAGAAAGGCACCAUGUGUAUAAAAGGAUACCAACAUACCACAUGCCUGAUUGAACAAGCAAACUUGUCAAGCCCUAGUUUAACUUAUUCACUAACAAAUGACCCCCCCCCCCAUUUCAGUACGCAUAGAUGGUUGUGGUGAUUAUUUAAUGGAAAUAAAAACAAAUGUUUUGGUCGGAUCAAAAAUAACAAAACAAAAAUGCGUACCAAAUAACGUUGCAUUUAAGAAAAGCGUUGUAAAUAAACAUUUCUCAGUAUGACCCCACAUAAUCUAUAAUCUUCUCAUACAUAAUCCGUAUAUAUUGGUUAAAAUUGUACGGCUGUAUACCCUAACAAUUGUGCAUUUAUGAUUAGCAACAUGAAGGGGUUAAGCAUCUGUGUUUAUGGACAAGAGUAUAGGCAGUUAUGGUGCUUGGGUCCGAUAAGAACAUAAAAAAUUGCUUAAGUAGUAGCCAUGGUAAAGGAGAAUUCUGAAUUGUUCAGCAGUUUCAUUCGAACAAUACAGCAAAUUUCGUACAUUUAAUUUAAACAAUAGCAAAUAAGAGUAUAAGUAAAGUAAUGUUGUAACGCAAAGUAAAUGACCACAUGAGCUUGUUAAUGUCUUGUGAAAGGAAGAGUGCUAAAAACCAGCAUUGUAAUGAUGGGAAACUCUGCCAGCUCAAGUGUCCGUUAAAUCUCAUCUUGGAUAUGUGUAAUUGUUCAAUUAAAUAUUGUCUAUAACCCAAACAUAUAUUUUUCAGGUUACAAUUGUUGGAAUAGUCAGACAUGCUGAAAAGGCUCCAACAAAUAUUCUUUAUAAAGUGGAUGACAUGACGGCAGCACCAAUGGAUGUCAGACAGUGGGUGGACACAGAUGUAAGCUAUCUCUGUACUCUAAACUGGAUCUUUUACCUUUCAUUGGUGGCAGGCACUCUGGCAGGAUUUGUGUGAUUACUCCCAGGAGUUAAAAUGCUGUGCUAGUAGCCAGGCCUUCUAAAUUACUCACCACUGCAAGCCUGGAAUACUCAAAGCAUACUUACCAGGGGUUAAUUUCUACUUCCAAAAUUUUUUCUGUCUAAUGGCAAGUGGAAAUUAGGAGCCCUGCUUACUCUCCUUUAAUGUCACAUCUUUGGUAGCUGGUAUACAGAGACUAAGGGCAGGUGAUUGUAUAAACAUGUAGUGUUUGCAAGUAAGCAAAAUGCAUAAUUCUAUGUUGAGGAUCUGUAAUAACAUUAAUAUUACAGUUCCUCAAAUUUGUAUCAAGUUGGAUUUCACAAAGUUUAAAAACCGUGAUGUAAUCCGAAGGAGAGGCUAUAGAGGUCUUACAGAGGAAGUGGGUUGGUAUUUUGAAUGCUUACAGCGCACGUGAUGAGGAAGACCGCAUGCUGUCAGUAAUUUGCCAAAAUCUCAUUUGGUUACGUAAUAGACUUGAGUGAAUUCUAAGUUAAUAACUGCUUAUCUCUUACAAACUGUAACUGUAUUAAUGUUUAAUGUGCAACUGUAUCCUUACUUGCAGGAAGCAAGUUGUGAGAGCAUUGUGGUACCGCCUAAUAGCUACGUUAAAGUAGCAGGUCAUCUUCGCUCCUUCCAGGUAACACACAGAAGAUCUUGUUUAUUUUGAAUUUUUUUGGCUUGGUUUUCCAGUAAGAAACAUUGAAAAUGACAAUUCAUAUAUUCGCUCCAGAUUGUCAGAAAAAAACAGCUGUGGUUAUGCCAAUGCUGGUGUUGUUCAUGGCCCAGUUAUCAACAAAAGCAAAUUCUGAUUUUUGAAGUCACAUGCAAAUGCCUCCUUCAGGCUUUUCAGAUUUGGAUAUUUGUGAAAUGCAGGUAAAACCGGGUUUGGUUGCCCAGCUAAUCCAUUUUAAAUUAUUUUGCAAACCACUACACAUGUGAAUGGUCAAUUGUGGGUGUAUUGCUUAUGAGUGAGGAAAUGGCAUUGAUCUCUCUGGAAAAAUCCAGGUGUGUGUGUACUGUAGUACAUUUGUAUGUUGACAUUGUCCUCUGAUAAACUGAAUUAUACCAGUUAGAGGUGCAAGUAAGAGAGAAACAUUUAUUUCCCACUAAUUUUACAAAUAUCCAACAUUCUGUUCAAAUUUUUUUUAUCAGCAAAGUCCAAUGUAGCAGUAUACUCUGCAUUACCCAUUAUUCACAUGUAGUGUGCUAUAUGUUCGUCAUGGUAAUCUAUAUAUAAAGUGUGGAAGCACCAUCUUUCUUGUAAAUAACUUAAGUUCACAGGUGCUUAUACUAUUUUUAAAAUGGUCAUAACAAAUUGAAUUAAUUUAACAAUUGCUUCCCCCCACUCUUUUUCAGAAUAAGAAGAGUGUUGUAGCAUUUAAGAUUGCACCUAUUGAAGACAUGAAUGAAUUUAUAUCACACAUGCUGGAGGUUGUACAAGCUCACAUGAUCCUAAAUUCCCAGGGUCAGGUAUGUUUAUAGUAAAGUGUGGUUCUCUCCAUCCCUCACAUGGAUAUCCUGAGGCUACAGUUUGUUUUAUCUGCUGUUCAUGUGAGCUGGUUGUUUAAGAUUUUAUUUAGUUAAAGCCAGGGGGCCAUCGCUAGGGUUAAGAAACACCUGGGACUUGAGCCCCAAAAUAAUUUAUCAACCCCUCCCCAAAGCUUUGCCCUGAAAAAAUGCCAGGAAAAGCAAGCGCUCCAAAUACAAAGGUUUAUUCUGUUAUGUAUGUAUACAUCCCGGGCAAGGGGAGGUGACAUUAGAAAGAUCCCUAGUUGUCCAGUGUGUAUAUAGAGCCUCCUGUCUCUCCCUCUGGUUUUCGGUUUUGGAGUGUUGCCAUGGUAACCCGCAGCAACAUUCUGAACUGCCUGCUGUUCAUGGAAGCCAUACACUUGCUCUACAUCCAGCAUAAGAUGUGUGCUCACUGAGCAACAGGUCAGGAAGGUAUAUUUUUGAGCCUCCAACUGGCCCAUAAUGGCCCCUUUUUGCAUGGCUCGCAGGCACAUUGAAAGGUAGCGAUGCUGGCCCUGUAGAGGGGGGAGUUGCAUGGCUCUAACCUCCCCAGCCCCCCUCCCUGUUGAACGUUGCUGGUUGAAGCAAUUUGUCUAUAAACGAACAAUGUUUUGUGAACUAUGUCUUGUAGUGACACUGUAAAACUGCAAUUUUACAAAAAAAAAUUGUUUAAAGAUUGCUUUAAUAGGUAUUUUGCAUGUUCAUUCCUUGCAAAUUCAGACUCUAUUCUUCCUGGAGGAGUCUUUCCUUAGUAAUAUGUUUGCUAUAUUGGUUCUACUUUGUCAUGCAAUGUUAAAGGCUACGCAGUGGAAGCUGCAAAUAGCCGUGUAGAAAUAGUGUAAAUCCAUGGAUUGUGUGGUAGUGGUCUAUAUUUAUUUUGGGUUGGGUGGAGGGGGUGCUGGUUUGUAUUCUUGUUUAUAAUGGAGACCGCACAUAUGGAAGAAAAUCGUCUGCUUCUGCAAAGCUUUCCUUGCAAAGCAGCUCCAGGUCCUCCUACUGCGACUUUUGAUCAUGUACGAGGCUCCAGUGUCAAACUUCUCUGAGGCUUUUAAUUCCUUCGAUUCCAUUUAAUGCUGUAAUAGUUUUUUCAGUUUUGUUUUUCCUAAGAUGUCAGUCUCUUGUGUUAGGCUUCAGGAGGUGGAUCUGCCAUGGUUCUCAGCACACCUGGACGCGUGGGAAUGGGGGAGACUGCAGGAGCAAAUGACAUGCAAAUUAAUGGGCUGACGCCACAUCAGAGCCAGGUACAUAUAUGAAGUGGUUUUAUAUAAUGCACACAUACUAUAUAAGAUGGAAAAUUAGACUUUAAGUUCAUGAAGUACUUAAAAUGCUUAACCUGCCAUUACCCUACUUGCCCUAAACCUUAGGGUUAUUCCAUAAACUCUGCUCUGCUGCAAAUUAAAAUCGAAAUGCAAACUUCAGGCAGGAGUAGCCGAAAGGUUUCUCCAACCCAGUUAGUCACGGUGAGCUUAUAAGCCUCUGAUUUAACAAUAGGCUUUUAAUUGCAACAAGCUAUGUUGUAAUUGUAAAUCACUGCUUAUCACAGGAGAGCGAAAAUACUUGUGUGAAAUGUGACUGAGCUUCAUCUUUUGUCUUGUAAAGAUCUCGUCACAUUUUCAAAAUGUUUGUAAACUUUUAUUUAUUUAAAAAAAACAAAACUGUCCGUUUGUUAGGUUUAGUUUUGUUUAUAUGGAGGAUGUUUGUCAUGAUGAGGAUAGGAUUAAUGUGCAGACUUAUUGACCCUAUAGGUUUUUGUUAUGCUAUAUGCUUUUUUUUUUAUUUUUUUUUUUUUUCUUGGCUUGGAAAAGUGCUAAUGAUCUAAACAUGCAAUUUCCUUUAUCAUUCAUGAGCAGUCUAUUUUUUUUUUUUUUUGUCUUAAAUGAUAAAUGUUUUUUCCCCUCCAUUCCAGAUUUUGAAUCUGAUUAAAAGCUGCAGAGGGAGUGAAGGAAUGGCAUUAGAUGAUCUGAAGGCAAGGCUUCAAGGAAUGAAUGUGAACACAAUCAAGUAUGUAUCUGUUCUGGUGUCAAGCAACUAGUUACUUGCUAGUAAAAUGUAGUACUAGGUACAUCAGACAAACGGUCCUUAGAGACCGUGGACGUUCCUAGUAAGUAUGCUGCAAAUAUAUUACUUAGCCGAACGCUGCCGUUCCUCUGCUCGCAAUCUGUUUGCUACCGGUCUGGGGGGGACAGCCCUGACCGUUCCCCCUCUGCAACUGACAGGCAGUCUCCCUGUAUCUGUAAAAUAAAUGUUAUUAAAUCAAAAUGUGUGUGUGUGUGUGUGUGUGUAUGUGUAUGUAUAUAAAAAUGAUUGGAAAUGACCACACUCCAAGGACUUGUUGAUAGUAAAAAUAAAAUAUAACUUAUUCUAUAUCAUAUAAAAAAUCAACGUUUCAGCCCCAAUACAUGGGCUUUCAUCAGGAUGGCAAUACCAAUAUUGCCACGUGUGUGUGUGUGUGUGUGUGUGUGUGUAUUUACGAAGUGUAUUUUUCUUUAAUCUCUGCACUUGGUAGCACUUUUUAAUUUGUUACCACUAUGGUUAUUGAUUUUUAGUUGUUUAUUUAUAACUUUAGUAGGCAGAGUUGGUUCAGGUAGACACUAGUGGUUAGACCAUGGUAUCGAGGUAACUUUUUUAGGGUGAAUUGAGAGAUUUAUUUGUGUGAGGCUUUUCAUCUGCGUUUAGACCUGAUUACCCGGUCCCCUAUUCUCUGGGGACCCUGUGCCUCUUCUCUCUCCCUAACCUCGUUUACACUACCUUCCUGUCAGUCGGACACUUGGGGAACUGGAACUGCUAGCUAGUACUCCAGACAAUUGAUCUCCUGGGCACCGUUUAGUAGAUCUCCCUUUUUUCAAGUUAUACUUUUUGCUUGCAUAUCCCUUUUUAUGCUUAGAUUGAUUAAAGGUAGGGCUUCCCUACCUCAUUUCUUAUAUAGUGGAGCUCUCCUGAUGUUGGUUCCCCCUUGUGGGACUCUACACAUCACCUACUCCUAUUACUCCCCUCAUUGGAGCUCCCUAUUAGGUGGUUACCCCCUCAUAUUUUGGAGGGUUACCCCCUCAUUGGAGCUCCCUAUUAGGUGGUUACAGUGGUGCAGCUCAUGAGCCCUUGACUUGUAUCCGGACUCCUGACCUGCACUCGGUUUCCUUUAUUUCUCCAUUUUGUAUUUUUAUAUAAUCUAUACAUAUAUUAAUAUAAAAAUACAAUUGGAAUUAAAUUACACAUGUGUAUAUAACUGUAUUGUGUAUAUAUUCUAAAAUAUAAAUAAGUAAAUUAAAAAAUUAUAUAAUUUUUAUUCUAACGAUUGAUGAUAUAUAUUUAUAUCAAAAUACACUUAAAAUUAAAUUUUAUAUGUAUAUAUCACCAGCCAAUUCUAUAGCAAUGUACAAUGGGUGGACUAAUGAGCCUUACCGCCGCAUUCAUUAUAGAUUGCAGUGGUGCAAUCUGGGAACACUUAAGACCACUGAGAAGGGGAUUGCAGUAGUCGAGGUGAGAAAUAACGGCAUGGACCCAGGACAUUAGCUGCGUCUGGUGUUAAUAGGGGUGGGUGCGAGCUAUGUUUUUGAGGUGAAAGUGGCAGAAUUUGGCGAUCGACUGGACAUUAGGGGUGAAGGAGAGGUCGCAGUCAAAGAGAACACCUAGGCUGCGAGGUAGAGGUGAUGGUGGCGCCGUUGACUUGGAGGGAGACAGCCAUGGGAGUAACAGCACUUGAGGGAGGAACGACCAGAAGUUGUUUUGGACUGGUUUUACGGAAGUGAGCAGCCAUCGUGUUGGAAAUUGUGGAGAGGCAGUCAGAGAUAAGUCAAGAUGGGCAGAGAGAUCAGGAGAGGACCGGUAGAUUUGCGUGUCAUCUGCAUAUAAAUGAUAAUGAAAGCCAAAGGAGCUGAUGAGUUUACCAAGGAAGGCAGUAUAGAUGGAGAACAGUAGGGGACCAAGGACAGAACCUUGGGGAAAGCCAACAGAGAGGGGUUGGGGAGAAGAGGCAGAGCCAGAGAAAGAAAUACUGAAAAAGCGCUGGGAGAGGUAGGAGGAGCACCAGGAGAGAGCAGUAUCUCGUAGACCUAGAUUAUGGAGAAUGAGAAGAAGCUGUUGAUGAUAAACAGUGUCAAAGGCAGCAGAAAGAUCAAGGAGAAUUAGGAUAGAGUAAUGGCUGCGAGAUUUAGCAGAGAUCUUUAAAUUGGUCACCGCUGUUUCAACAGAGUGACGAGCGCGGAAUCCAGACUGAAGCGUGUCAAGCAGAGUGUUUAAUUCGAAGUCUGUUAAUCUUGCAUACACAACUCUCUCAUGGAUCUUGGAGGCAAAUGGCAGUAGCGAUAUAGGGCAAUAGUUGGAUGGUGGGUUGGGCGGGGGGGUUAGGCUUUUCCAGAAUAGGCAUUAUAAAUGCAUGCCUAAAGGGUGAAGGAAAAGUGUCGGAGGAAAGGGAGGGAUUGGAAAUUUUAGUGAGAGGGAGACAAAGUGCGGGUGAGAGAAGAGGGAACAGGUGGUGGGGCGGGAGGACCGGAGUAGAGCAGAAACCUCUUCCAUUGUAGAUGCGAAUGAGCAAAGAACAGUGGAGUGAGUGUUGUUGGGUGAUGUAUUGGAAGGGGAGGGAGAGAGGUUAGAGAUAUCUUCCCUGGUUGUAGAAAUCUCCUCGUUGAAGUGAGUUGCAAAGUUUGAUGCGGACAGGGUGGUAGGAGGGGGAGCAACAUGGUGAAGUAAGCAUUAGGAGUGUGAAAGAGGCAUUUUGGUUGGCAGGCAGUGUGCUUAUGAAGGUGUUGAAGUAAUUUACUUUUGCAGACGAAAGAGCCAGAGUGUAGGAGCGCAGCAUAAAUUUAUACUGCUUGCUGCGUUUAAAUGUAGGGGUGCAAUGAUGUCUAGAUAAGAGGCAAGUGAGAUUUGAGAUGGGUAAAAAUUUGGAGUUUGGAGAAAUUUUGGAGAUCAAGACAGUGGAGGUUUCUGCGAGAUUGGAGAGUUGAGGAUGGUGAAAUGGGGGUAUGCUGAUGUAAAAGGUCAGCAGAUGGUGGUCAGAUAAAGGAAAUGGAAAAGUGGAGAGAUUAGAGGUAGUACAGAGAUUGGUGAAGAUCAGGUCAAGUGUUUCCUGCUGUAUGAGUUGCUGAAGUAGACUACUGUGAGAGGCCGAAGGAGGAGGUUGCAGACGGGAGGCAUCAGGGCAGUUUAGGUUGUUUAUUGGGAUGUUAAAGUUCCCAAGUAUGAGGGAAUGAGUGCUAGAGGAAAGAAAAUGGAGUAGCCAGGAAGAAAAGUGUUCAAUGAAUAGCCUAGGAUGACGGGAGGGCGGUAGAUGAUGGCAUUUCUUAAAGGAGUGGACUUAAAUAUGUGGACAGUGUGAACUUCAAAGGAAGUAAAGGAUAGGGCAGGGAGGCUGGCUGGAAAGUUACAUUUUGUCAGAUUGGUUAGGUUGCCUUUGAGAGCGUAUGGUAGCCCAGGAAUGAGAAUUAGCCCCAUGAUGGCAUACCAUUUGCAAAAGAAGACAACCCAAGGUAUUGCAAAUGGGGUAUGUUCAGCCUUUUUUAGUAGCCACUUAGUCACAAACACUGGCCAAAGUUAGCGGUUUUUUCAUUUUUAACACACAAACAAAUAGAAAUGCUAAUUUUGGCCAGUGUUUGUCACUAGGUGGCUACUAAAAAUGACUUGACAUACCCCAUAUUAAAUACCCUGGGUUGUCUACUUUAAAAAAAAAAAUAAAAAUGUACAUGUGAGGUGUUAUUCAGGGAUUUAUGACAGAUAACGGUGUUACAAUGUCACUGUUGAUAAAUGUAAAAAAUACACACACACACACACCCACCACACCACACCACACCACACCACACCACACCACACACCACCCACCACGCAAUUUCCGACUUGUAUGUAUAGGCCUAUAACUUGCACACAAAAAAAGCAAUAAAGCAUUUAAACUCAGGACAAAAUUUUUGAAUCUAUUUAGCAGUUUUUUUUCAUUAGCUUUUGUAGAUAAGUAAAAGUCCAAAAACAUAUGUGAAACUAACAAUGUUUGUACUUACCUUUCUGUUAUACGCAAUACGUAUUUGCUUCUAAAAAAGUACCUUGUAACUCACAGACUUGCCAAAAAUAAAGAAUAAAAAAAAAGUCCAACAACAUUUUUUUGUUUUUUCACCAUAUUUUAUUAUUAUUUUUAAAAUAAAAUAUAUGACAUGAUACAAAUAAUGGUAUGUAAAGAAAGCCCUUCUUGUCCUGAAAAAAACAAUAUAUAACUUGGAUGGGAACCAUAAAUGUGAGAGAGGAAAAUUACAGCUAAACACAAACACCACAAAAGUGUCAAAACUGCUCUGGUCCUUAACGUACAACAUCGCAAAAACAGGCCGGUCCUUAAGGGGUUAUGUAAAAGUUUUAAAACCGUUUAUAAAUUUAAAAAAAGUACUUGGAUCAUAUGUAUGUAUUAUCCAAGUACUUUUAUAUGUACAUACAUCAUUAUUAAAAGUGUAAUAAAUAUAUAUUAAUCAAAUUGAGAAACGAAAGAGAUUGUAUACCUGUUUAAAUUCGUUUAAACUGUAUUUUGAUAUUAAUGCAUAUAAAAGUCAAAAUGCGUUUAGAUUGAAGAUAUGUAGAUCGAUCGCUGAACACAAAUAUUAGUGUUUCAAAACUGUAAAACUUAUCAAACGAUAAUGAAACUAAAGUGUUGCAUUUUUCACACACAAACGGGGCACUUUCACUGACAAUUGUUGUGAUACGUUUUACGGUUUUGAAACACUAUUUGUGUUCAGCGAAGCCUCCGGAGUAUAACAGUACCCACCAUGUACAGCAAGCAUGUCAAACUCAAAGGCUAACACGGGCCAAAUAAACCAGGUUUAAGUUUGUGGGCCACAAAUACAAAAACGUCAGUUUUCAUAGAAAAUUUUGAAAAGUACAGGAUAAAAAUGUUGCCUGACACUUGAUGUCCUUACACUCGUAGGGCUUUACAGUAAACAAAAGAGCAAAUUUAUUCUAAGGACACGUGUAUUUGCAUGUAACCAAUGUUUCAGCCCAACUACCAUGACAUAUUAAGAGCAGUUUGGUAAUGGGACUAAAAUGGUGAAUAUAUGCGGUUUCACAGCUCUAAUGAAACAAAUAACACAAGUGUGUUCUUCACUUUGGCGGAGAUCAUUAAACUUGAUGAUCUUGGCCAAAUCCAAUGCUUUCCCAUAGGAAAGCAUUGGUAAACUAUUGUGAAUAUGUGGCAAACCGUUGCGCGGCCAAUCAGCAUCUCCAAGGGGAGCGUUCAGCGCCUCCAUGCAGACCCAAACUAAUACACUGCCCCCUCCCCCAUUCUAAUUCACUGCCCCCAAACCCAAUCAAAUAUACUGCCCCUUAAUCUAAUACACUUCCCCAACUCCCCCAAUUACCAUUCUAAUACACAGUCCCACUCCCUCCCCCAAAUUAAUACAGCAACCCCUCCCUCUCCCAAAUUAAUAUAGUGCCUGCUCCCUCUGCCACAUUAAUAUAGUGCCUCCCUCAGUUUAAUACACUGGCCCCGUUGCCCAAACCCUCUUCCCCUAACUUAAGAUGAGCCGUGCUCCAGUUCCAGCUCUGCUCUUCCUCUGGCACUGUGAGUAGGAGGAAAGGCUGAGUGGUUGGCCUGUUCUGCAGACACAGCCACUCUGCCCUCUUGCAGACGUGGGAGGGAAGACAAGAAUCAGACAGGAAAUAUCGGCCCCAAGGCAGGUAGGCCGCAAAUAUUCAUUGUGGGCCGCAAGUUUGACUAGCUUGAUGUACAGGUUUUUUGCUGUUUUCAAAAGUUAGUCAAAUAUAAGGCUUGCAUUUCCUUUUUUCCCUACAUUGAAAUUUGCCAGAUUAGUUAUGUUGCCUUUGAGACUGAUUGGUAGCACAGAAUGAGAAUUACCAUGCAUACCAUUUGCAAAAGUAGACAGCCCACGGUAUUGCAAAUGGGGUAUGUCCAGUCAUUUUUUUUUUUUUUUUGCGACCACUUGGCCACAAACACUGGCCAAAAUUAGCGUUCAUAUUUUUUUGUGUGAAAAAUGCAGAAAACAAAUUUUAAUGCUAAUUUUGGCUUUUUUUUUUUUUUUUUGACCAAGUGGCUACAAAAAAAACUGGGCAUACCCCAUUUGUAAUACAUUGGGUUGUCUACUUUUGCAAAUGGUAUGCUAUCAUGGGGGUAAUUUUCAUUCCUGGGCUACCGGACGGUUUCAAAGGCAACAUGACCAGUCAGGCAAAUUUCAAUGUGUAUUAACUGAAAAAUGUGAUGUGCUAUAUUUGACCCUGUAACUUACCAUUAAAACCUGUACUUUUGUACUCUGGAGACAUCGCUGAAUACAAAUGUGUACUUUAUUGCAGUAACGUCUAACCGUAUUAUGACAUUCACGUUUAAAAUGCCAUGCUAAAAUUAAAAAAAAUUAAUUUCUCACAUUUUGUUUCAUAUUUUUUUCAUAUUAAAUUAUGUUUAAUAUAUAAAUAUUUGAUGUGAAAUUAAAGUCCUGUUUCUCCUGAACAAAAUGAUAUAUAAGUGGGUGAAUUAUGGUUGAACAACAUGUACAAGUUUAGAUCAAAACAAAACCUGGAAUUUGCGCUACAACUGCCUACGUCCUUGUGGGGUUAAAGAGUGGUAACUGUAUAUGUGCAAGCAGGGUACCAACUUUAUAUUAAUGACCAUGGUUUGGAAUUGCUUGUCUAAUAUCUCAUAAAGACUGUCAGGUGUCUGUCUAUACUUCUGGCCAUAUAGUUCUUAUCUUUGAAUGUAUACAUUUUUUAGGAUUUAAUCUACACAAGGCCUAUUUUAUAUGUACCUGCUAGAUUUGUGAAUGGUAGUUGAACUAAAUUGUAAAGAUUUAAUUUUAAAAUAUGGCCAAUAAUUAAGAUCCUAUUACAUGAAGUAACAUUCUACUUAUUCUUGCUAUUUGCCCUCAGACAAGCAUUAGAGUUCCUUAGCAACGAGGGACAUAUUUAUUCCACAGUGGAUGAUGACCAUUUCAAGUCAACAGAUGGAGACUAAGAAAAGCAAAUUAUGCAUUGCAUCUGUGGUUGAGUGGUGCAACAGAAGAAACUGUGUCCUGACUUCUAUAGCGUGGAUAUGCGGCUUAUGUGUUAUCAUUUUCAGGAUUCUUGCACCUCACUCCCUGCCUCUUUCCCCUAUGCCUACCUUUUUUUAUUUUCUGGCAAUAAAAUGGAUUUCCUGUAUCAAGAUGAUAUAUAUGGGUUAGUCAUAGCCUCAUAAUCCUCAUUUAGGAGAGGCCUACACCAUACACUGAGAACUAUUUCCAUGUGUUUUUUUUUUUUGUUUUUUUUGUUUUUUUUUUCUCAUCCUCUGAAAACUUUACUUUCAGUAUAAAACAAUUAGGCAGGCUAUAGUAUUGGAAAAUUGAAGAUGGUUUUACAUCUUAACAAGUAUUUCACACGAAUCCUUAUAUAUAUAUUUUCUGGUAAUGUUGAGAGGAUUCAGCAUACACUUCUCAAGUGACACUUAAACCUUUGAGAUUUUAAAGUGUCUUCCACACAACCUUUUUUCUUUCUUUGCAAUUUUGUUCCCUACAAAAAAUUUAAGUAUUUUUAACAUCUAAAUAUUUUGAAGAUAUGUAAAUAAAAUUUACAAAAAAAAAA